AUGCAGUGGCCCCCGGCCCCUGGAGCCUCUCCGUGUCUGCGCUGGGCCUCCUUGAUCGCCUGCUCCGCGGCCACGACGCUCCUGAGCCGCACUGGCCGGGGCCCCCUCAUGGCGGCCAAGUGGUUCAAGGAGUUCCCCCUGAACCUGAAGACGGUGUCGGAGCGGGCCAAGCCCGGCGGCGGCGGCGGGGGUGGCGGCGGUAAACUGCGCAAGAACUCGGAGGCGGGUGGCGCCGGGCCGACCCCGAGCAAGGGCCGUAAGAACUCGGCUGCCGAGCUGGGGAGCAGCAGGGCGGCUGGCGGCCUCCCCAAGGACAGCCGGCUGUCCCGGGACAGCCUGCAGGGGCUGAUUCAGGCCGCUGCGGGCAAGGGCCGCAAGAACUCCCGGGCCACCGAAGAGGAAUCCCACCGGGGUGCGGCCAAGAGCUCAGGCUGCAGCACCUACAUCAACAGGCUCAUCAAGGUGGACACUCAGGAGAAGAAUGGGAAGAGCAAUUACCCCAGCAGUAGCAGCAGCAGCAGCAGCAGUAGCAGCAGUUCGUCGUCGGCGUCCUCUUCCCCUUGUUCCCUGGGCCCUGAACUGGACAAGGGCAAAAUGAAGCAGCAAGACACGGUCAUCAUUUUAGAAGACUAUGCUGACCCCUAUGAUGCCAAACGGACAAAAGGUCAAAGGGAUGCAGAGAGAGUAGGAGAAAAUGAUGGAUACAUGGAACCCUAUGAUGCACAGCAAAUGAUAACAGAAAUUAGAAGAAGGGGUUCCAAAGACCCCCUGGUGAAGGCGCUUCAGCUGCUUGACAACCCCUGUGAGCCUGGUGAGAACGGCCUGAAAUCGGAGACGCUGGCCCGAAGACUGAGCUCCAAGGACCUCCUGGGGAAGCCGCCUCAGUUGUAUGACACUCCCUAUGAGCCAGCGGAAGGAGGCCCGCGGGCAGAGGCGCCGGCCAGCGCGGGCCCAGAGCGGAAGGCGCGGCCUGGGGACGGCCGGCUGCCCGAGAACGACGAGCGGCCAGCGGCCGAGUACGAGCAGCCGUGGGAGUGGAAGAAGGAGCAGAUCGUACGCGCACUGUCAGUCCAGUUUGAAGGAUCUGAGCGACCUUCCAUCAGGGAGGAGACUGUGAGGCAGCACCACCGACAGAAGAGCUGGACCCAGAAGAUCUUGAAGCCGACCCUGUCCGACCACAGUGAGGGGGAGAGAGUGGACCCAGCCCUGCCCCUGGACAAGCAGCCUUGGUAUCAUGGUGCUAUCACCCGUGUAGAGGCUGAGAGUCGACUACAACCCUGCAAAGAAGCUGGUUACCUGGUUCGAAAUAGUGAGUCAGGGAACAGUAGGUACUCCAUUGCACUAAAGACUAGUCAAGGAUGUGUCCACAUCAUAGUGGCUCAGACCAAAGACAACAAAUACACGCUGAAUCAGACGAGCGCCGUGUUUGACAGCAUCCCUGAAGUGGUACACUAUUAUUCCAAUGAAAAGUUGCCUUUCAAAGGGGCAGAACACAUGACCUUACUCUACCCAGUGCACAACAAGCUGCACUAA